CGAUUGGCUGGCGGGGCGCGGAGGCGGGGCCGGGCGAGGAGCUUUUGUUCGGGCGCGGCAGCGGCGCGGUAGCAGCAGCGGGACCAUGUCGUACGUGCCGGGGCAGCCGGUCACUGCCGUGGUGCAAAGAAUUGAAAUACACAAGCUUCGACAAGGUGACAAGCUGAUUCUGGGAUUCAGCAUUGGAGGGGGCAUUGAUCAGGAUCCCACUCAGAAUCCUUUCUCUGAAGACAAGACUGACAAGGGUAUCUAUGUAACAAGAGUGACAGAAGGAGGCCCAGCAGAAGUUGCAGGACUUCAGAUUGGAGAUAAGAUCAUGCAGGUGAAUGGCUGGGACAUGACCAUGGUGACUCAUGACCAAGCUAGGAAGAGGCUCACAAAAAGGAAUGAAGAAGUGGUUCGGCUGCUGGUGACCAGGAAAUCUCUGCAGAAGGCUGUGCAGCAAUCCAUGAUGUCCUAAUCAAUCACCAGGCAGGGGGAAGGGUUGGGGAGGGAGAUGUAUAGACUGCUCUCAAGGAAGCAGAUACUAGAGCUGAGUGGGUUGUCUGGAAGGAGUGCAUGUUCCUAACUGUGGUAAACACUACUUUUAUUACUUUUGUUUUCCCCUUCCUCUGGUGUAACUGGCAAUAGUAAACCUCUAGUCUCCUCAGCAGAGUGCUUCUCCAACACCUUCCCUGCAGGGAUGUGGUAAGACUGUUGUAGUCAGGGCUGACAGGAUAAACUUUCAUUGUUUAAGGAAGCAACUGGAAAAGCCUUAACUUUGACAGGAUUCUUUUGCAGUACAGAUUUUUAAGGGGAAAUGUGGUUUCUGCUAUGGAAGCUAAGGGUUUGCCGUGCUUAGCUUUUACAAGUGAGCUGUCCUGUGUCCCCCCAGGAAAAAAAAAAGGCCAGAAAUGAGUUGCACCCUGCUGUGGGGAGGAGCACUGCACUGCUCUCACAUCGUGUGCUAGCUAGACAGUGUGCUGAAGGGUCUGGGGCAGGGUGCUUUACUGCAAAGAUUCCCUGUACAAAGCAGCUUCUUCAGACAAGAAGCAAACAGCUAACACAGAAGUGUUAAUUAGUGCCUGUGAAGUACACUAAGAGUUCUUCAGCACUACAGUUCAGCUUCAGAGAGUAAAACCUUAGUUCUCCUUAUUCCCAAGUAAUUUGUAACAUCAAAUGAAUCAAAUUAAAGGAAUAUGGAGCAGGAAAGAUAAUGGUGUUGCUGAGCUUACCAAAAGAGCUGCUCAUAGCUGUGGAGUCUUCAGUUCUUCAUCCCACUUCUGUCAGGCUUGGGAGGGGUGGGUCUUGGUCUGUCUUCUAGAAGACUUUGAUUAAAUCACUGCUUUAAUGGAUGGAAGAGCUGAAGAUGCCAGUAAUUUGCUGAAGUGCCUCUUGACCAGAUUGAAGAUGCUAUGUA